AGAAAGAGAACUGAAGACAAACAAUGCAGAAUGAUGAUUGUCUAGAUUUCUCUAGUGAGACAUUUUGAGAAUUUUCAGACAGGUUUCCCAGUGCUUGGGAAGGAAUGAGUGCCAGCGUCCUUGGGAGCCCUCCAAAGAUUCUCUUAAGAGGGUAUUUCUCUUAAGGUUGAAAUCUGAGGGGUUUGGGAGUGGAUUCUGACAGACCCCAAGGUUUUGGAUCUCUGGGAAGCCCUGAAAUUUACACAGUUCACCAUGAGGAAGACAUCUGGGCCAAGAGGUGAUUCCAGCAGGAAUUGUGAAGAGCCACAACGAUGUGCCAGUGAAUAAUGAGUAGUACCUACUGUGGCAACUCUUCAGCUAAGAUGAGCGUCAACGAAAUAUCAGCUUUCUCACUGACUCUGGAGCAAAAAUCUGGCUUUGCUUUUGUUGGGAUUUUGUGUAUCUUCUUGGGACUCCUUAUUAUCAGAUGCUUCAAAAUCCUCUUAGACCCAUAUAGCAGCAUGCCUUCCUCUACAUGGGAAGAUGAAGUUGAAGAGUUUGAUAAAGGGACAUUUGAAUAUGCACUCGCGUGAGAGUUCCAGCUUUACGGGUUUUAUGGUUAUGCCUUUGGGACACGUGGUGGGUGCAUUUGUGACCUUGAGUGUGCAGGCGAGAGGCUCAUUUCAUUCACUGAAUUCAAUAAACAUCUAUGAUUAACUUA